UCUAGGAAAGGCUGGCACUGCCUAUGAGGAAGGAGAGAGAGGAUGGUCAGGCAGAUCCCGUCAGUGCUUGAAAGAAGAUAGGAAGGACUUCUGUGGAGGGACAUGGAAAGCUCAACAACACAAGCAGAUCCUGUGUCUACCUGUUUGAAGGGACAGAUCUUAUGGAGCUUGUCUUUUGGAAAUGUCCCGUCUAUGUCUUCUCAAGCUGAGAAGUACCUUGAAUACGGCUAUUGGAAAUAACUAAUCCUGUUGCCUGCUUGGAGUAGCUCUCCAGUCAGCCAGCACUUCCUGAUGUGCAUGGACGGAUCAAAUAGUAACACAAAUGCUUUCUCUGUCUUCCUGCCCUGUCCUUUAGGAUUUUCAGAUGCGCCCUGAUGCCGCAGAGUCUCCUUAGUCCUAGCAAUGCAGCUCUCGUCCAGUGCCGCCGAACUCAGCUGUGACGAGAUGAUGGACCCGCCUGCUGAGGAUUUCCAACAGGUCCUGUCCAUCGACCAAAUCCGCUCCAUCCGUGCCAGCAACAACUACGUGGAGAGACCGUCUGCUUGCUUCCAGCAAGCUCACUCCAAUCCGUCGCUGUCACAGGCACCGUACAAGCAAGAGUGGUCUCAGGACCGCCUGCUGUCUUCCACCUUCCAGGACCUGCACCGCAGCCACAGCCAACAGCACCAGAUGCCGCCUUUGCAGCAACACAUGAGCCAUUCCAGCACGGCCAGCUCCGUGUCCCAAAGCACCACGGCCUCGGAGCAGCGGCUCCUCAGCAGCCUCACGCCUUCCCACUCCGGACACUCGCUCAUCCGGACACAGCCCAGAGCCGGCGAGCUGAAGGCGGAGGAGUCACCGCUGAAGGGGGUGGCGGAGAAGCCGGCCCUGCACGCGGGGCACCUCUUGGUUUGCGAGGAGUGCGGGCGGUGCAAGUGCGCCCGCUGCACGGCUGCGCGCAGCCUCCCCUCCUGCUGGCUCUGCAACCAGCGCUGCCUCUGCUCCCCCGAGAGCCUCCUCGACUACGGGACUUGCCUCUGCUGCGUCAAGGGCCUCUUCUACCACUGCUCCACGGACGACGAGGACACCUGCGCAGACGACCCCUGCUCCUGCGGGCCGGGAUCGUGCUGCGCCCGCUGGGCCGCCAUGAGCUUCCUCUCUCUCCUCAUGCCCUGCCUCUGCUGCUACUUUCCCACCCUGGGGUGCCUCAAACUUUGCCAGCGGGGUUAUGACAGCCUGAAACGUCCCGGCUGCCGCUGCCAGAACCACACCAACACAGUCUGCAGGAAAAUCUCCACCUCCAGUGGCACACCCUUCCCCAAGACGCUGGAUAAGCCAGUAUGACCUUCCCGGGGAGGAGAAGCAGGCUUUACUUCUCUUCCUCCUCCUUUCCCUUCCCUCCCUCUGCUCCUUCGUCUCCCUCCAUCCCCCUGCUCUGCAACUCUCCCCCC